CUUUGCGUUUGAUUGGAUUGUCUCCCAUGAAAUGACCAGGGUGGGAUUUGCGGGUUAAGAAAGCUUAGAGGUUUAAUGUCAUGACGUCACUGUAAUUAGCGGCCGCUUUGAUCCCUUCAGCCCGUAAGCCACCAUUCCCUGCCGCCCGCCCGAGCCGUGAUCACCACACUAGAGGAUGAACGCUUCUACAGGCUGGUACCACUGACCACCUCUCACUUCUCAUACUGACGGCCCACGAGCAAUGAAUCUGUGAGAGGAGGACGUCCAGAGAAGAACCUCGACAUGGCAGACAAGGACAGCGUGGAGAAGUACUUGGAGAACAACCCUCAGUUCGCCAAAGAGUAUUUCGACAAGAAGGUGCGGGGCGAGGUGAUUGCGGCGGCUUUCGCCGAGAACCUCGACAUCAAAGACACGGCCUCGUUCAAAGAUGUCAGCCAAAUCCAGGAGGCCAACAUCAUCUUCGACAUGGUGAAAGAAAUGCAUUCGCAGCCAAUUAUGGAGAAGGCCAUGCACAAGGUUCUUCAGAGGAUAUGUAUGCUGGUCAACGCCGAGCGCUGCGGUUACUUCAUCUGCAGGGCGAGAAACGGCAUUCCGGAGCUGGCCACCUGCCUCUUUGACAUCACCCCCACCUCCAAGUACGACGCCAACGUGGUCAAUCCUCAGUCUGAAAUCGUCUUUCCUACCGACAUCGGCAUAGUUGGGCAAAUAUCCAUCAACAAAAAAGCUGUCAAUAUUCCUGAUGUUAAACAGAAUUCUAAAUUCAGUGACUUUGUGGACAAGCAGACAGGCUAUACGACUAAAAACAUGAUGGGAGCUCCACUGAUGAACAGCAAAGAGGUGCUCGGGGUCGUAAUGGUAUUAAACAAAGUGGGAGGAACUGAAUUCAGUAAAGCAGAUGAAGAACUCUUCAACAAGUACAUCACGUUUGCCACGGUCAUUGCUCUUCAGCAUUACACCACAUACAUGUAUAACGUCGAGUCUAGAAGGAGUCAGGUUCUUCUGUGGUCCGCUAGCAAAGUGUUCGAAGAGUUAACGGAUAUAGAACGUCAGUUUCACAAAGCGCUGUACACCGUCAGGACCUACCUUCAGUGUGAUAGAUACUCUGUGGGUCUGCUGGACAUGACCAAAGAAAAGGAGUUUUAUGACGAGUGGCCGAUUAAACUGGGAGAUGUGGAGCCGUACAAAGGGCCAAAGACCCCUGAUGGACGAGAAAUCAUUUUCUACAAGAUUAUUGAUUAUCUUCUAGAAGGCAAAGAGGAGAUCAAAGUCAUACCGAACCCUCCUGUGGACCACUGGGCACUUGUUAGCGGCCUUCCAACUUACGUGGCUGAAAACGGCAUGAUUUGUAACAUGAUGAAUGUAGCUGCUGAUGACUACUUCACAUUUCAGAAAGAAGCUGUGGAUGAGUCAGGUUUCAUCAUCAAGAAUGUCUUGUCUCUUCCCAUCGUGAACAAGAAAGAAGAAAUUGUUGGCAUCGCCACUUUCUUCAAUCGAAAAGAUGGCAAACCCUUUGAAGAACAGGACGAACAAAUAACUGAGGCCCUGACGCAGUUCCUCGGCUGGUCGGUUCUCAACUGCGACACAUAUGACAAACUGAACCGGAUGGAGUGGAGGAAAGAAAUCUAUCAAGAAAUGGUCAUGUACCAGACCAAAGCCACACUAGAUGACGUCCAACUGAUUCUGAACACAAAGGAAAAGUUCAACCAAAGUCCAGAAGACUGUGAUCAGAAGGAAAUGUACAAACUCUUGAGAGCCACCAUUCCUGUGGCCAAAGAUGUCGAUUUGCUAGAAUUUCAUUUCAGCGACUUUCCGCUGUCAGAGUUUGACUUGAUCAAGUGUGGCAUCCGCUGUUUCUUUGAGCUUGGAGUGGUGGAGAAGUUCAAAGUACCACCAGAGGUCCUGACUAGAUGGAUGUACACCGUACGGAAAGGUUACAGAGACAUCACCUACCAUAACUGGAGACAUGGCUUUAACGUGGGCCAGACCAUGUUCUGUCUUCUGCAGACCGGAAAGCUGAGAAGAUAUUACUCAGACCUGGACGCCUUUGCAAUGGUCGCAGCUGCGUUCUGUCACGACAUCGACCACAGAGGCACCAACAAUCUCUACCAGACAAAGAGCGGAGCACCUCUGGCCAAGCUUCACGGCUCCUCCAUCUUGGAAAGGCACCAUCUUGAAUACAGCAAGACUCUUAUGGCAGAAGAGAGCGUCAACAUUUUCCAAAGUCUGCAGAAACGGCAAUUUGAGAAUGUGCAGCACUUACAUGACGUCUGUAUCAUUGCCACUGACCUGGCCUUAUAUUUCAAGAAAAGAACAAUGUUUCAGAAGAUCGUCGAAACCACGGAGCCCAUGAACGAUGAGGAAGCGAUUGGCUAUGUGGCCAACAACCCCAUCAGGAAGGAGAUCAUCAUGGCGAUGAUGAUGACCGGAUGUGAUCUGUCCGCUAUCACCAAGCCAUGGGAGGUCCAGAGCAAAGUAGCUCUCAUGGUAGCAGCUGAAUUCUGGGAGCAGGGAGACUUGGAGAGGACUGUGCUAGAUCAACAGCCCAUUCCAAUGAUGGACAGAAACAAAGUGGAUGAACUUCCCAAGAUGCAGUGCGGUUUUAUUGACUUUGUGUGCUCAUUUGUGUAUAAGGAAUUUUCAAGGUUCCACAAAGAGAUCACCCCCAUGUUUGAUGGCUUGAACAACAACAGGGUCCACUGGAAGGAACUGGCUGAUAUUUACCAGGCUAAAGUUGAUGCUGUGGAGAACGAAAAAAAGAGGCUUGAGGAGGAAGAAGCUAAAAAAGGAACCACGGGUGGAGAUACUGGAGAAGGAGGGAAGUCCAAAACCUGCACCAUAUUUUAAACAUCAUGUGUCAGGGAAGCAGAGAAGCACACAGACGUCCAGCUGGCCAUCAUGUAGCUGGAGGUGAUGCAUGCUCCCAGGAUUUUUUAACACCAUCUUCCUCCUGCUCCUGUCUUAUUUCCCCCGCAUGGGCCUCCUCCAAGUGAACACGUAGCUAUUCACCAGAAACGGAAGAACUGUACGUUUCUCUUGCUGAGUGGAUGACACAGGAAUCUUCACCAUAUUGACUCGUUCCAUUGACAGGAGGAAAGCAGACACGUGCAACUGUUAUACCUGCCGUACCACAACUCGACACAAUCGUAGCAAUCUGCUGUAGUUCAUGCAGCUUAUAUGUGACUUUUAAAUCCAAGACACUUGAUUCUUUGGCUCUCAAGACAUUCUGAUGUCAACAGGAACAUUUAGAUGUAGAGUUAACUUUGAUGAGCAUUCGUUUCAUAUAUUUGACUAGUUUGCAUUUAGGCAUUUAUCCAAAGCGACAUACACCGGACUCAUGUUCCCUGGGAAUUGAACCACGCCAACUGAGCAACAGGAGCACUUUAAUAACUCUAGAAUCACUAAGUUUAGCUUUAAACUGCAUCAUUCGUCUGACAAAAUCUGUCCCACGUAAACUCCUGAAAAACACAUUCAACCUCAAAUCAGUUGCUUUGUUUUUGGAUUGAAGGACCAACACAGUUGAACAGGAACUGCAUUAGAAACUGGAGGAUGACUGAUUGCCAGGCUAAACAUCAGGACUCGCAGGGUUAAGUUAUGGAUAUAACAAGACUUUUCAAUCUUUUAGACAUAGGAAUCCUUAUUUUGGUUUUGUGUGACGAAGGCUGUGUCAACAGAACCUGUAUUUGGGAACGUUAACGCUAGAAACGUUGACCUGCAAAACUUUGACGUCUUUGUUCUUUUAAUGAUACCUAAACCUACAUCAAACAUAGUUUGCGAACACAAUGUAAUAUUUGAAAGUAUAACAUUGAACUUGUCAUUACAUAGAAUAUCAAUUCUUUAUAUAGCGGUAUUUGUUUGUACCAAACGUUGACAUUAUUUUUCAGGAAAAGCAAGUGGGAUGGGAUAUUUACGGGACAUGACAGGAGGGAACAGUCAGUACUUGAACUUGUGUAAACCGAUAAAGAGAUUGGAGUGAGUUUGCCUGGGCGGAGCUCCUGAGAUUCCCUCAGAUUUAACCGUUAAACAUCGAGCUUAUUUACUGCUGGAGAGAUCUCUUCUGACACAACAACACGCCACAAAACCAUUUCAGAAGCUCUAAGUCACUUUCUUUUUUCCCCAAAACUGUUUGUUCAAAGAGGUCAAUGUUAAGAAACCAAUUUUUUUUUUAAAUUAACUAAAGCAGUUUGAUAAUAACAAGCUAAAUGAACCUUUUUGUCUUAUUAAGAUGAAGACCUUUAAUCCAAUAACAAAAGUCACGUCGGUUCCUCAGAGACUAAAUAACUGUGACUGCGCUU